AGAAAGCUUAUUUAUUGUCAACAUAUUUUGUCUGUCUCCACACAUCAGGUCCAUAACAUUCUGGGUAUCACCACUAGUGGGCCCAGCCGGUGCUACGCUGCUGCUGCUGCAGCCUCGGUCAGACACACAGAGGAUGAGGCCUGCCAGUCCUGCCCCGCUUAAUCCAUCGUUUGCCCGGGGCGGUUAGCAUGGUCCGGGCCAUGGAUGCACCGAUCGCGCAUUUCGACGACGACCGGCCGAACUUGGCGGACGUGACCGCGGGUUCGGUACCGCAGCACGGCCGAGCGGAGGUGAGCCCCGCCGCGGGGGAAGCGGUGGCUCGGCUCCUCCUGGAUCAGGAUGAUCCUCCAGGGCGGGCUGACAGCGAUGGUUCCCCGAAGCAAUCCAGUGUGUGCAGGUCCACGGAGGAACAUCUUAAUGGACCGGAUGGGAAGUUAUCGGCUUGCCUCGAAAAUGUAAAACCGGACAGGAUCGGUCCAGUGAGUGUGUUCACGGAGGAGACCCUGCUGGAGAAAGACGAAAUAUGGAACGCCCUCGCCUGUAACUACGGCCAGGCGGUGCCGGUAGAUUGGCGGCAGUCUCGGACGCGCUCCCUCUACAUCUCCACGUUUAACCUUGAGGAGAGACUGAGAGAGACGGACGAUGCGGCGGAGCUGUCCGACGAGGACGAGCUCAGGGAGCAGCUGGACAUGCACUCCAUCAUUGUCCCCUGUGUGGACCAGGAGCCCCUUGUCACGGCGGAGCAGGUCAUCGAGGAGAUCGAGGAAAUGAUGCAGGACUCACCCGAUGCGGAGGCAGAGCGGAAUCCCUCCCAGUCGGACCUGUCCAUGCUCUCUGUGGACAUCCGGCGCAGCAGUCCCGGCUUCGAGCACAGUGAGUGGCCGCUACAGCGAGCAAAAACGGGGGGCUUUUCUCACAAGCAGCUUUUGCUCAGUAUGUGUGUGAUGACUCCAGGGCUGAGGUCCCUGAGCGCUGCCGAGCUGCUGGAACGUCUGACAGAGACAGAGGUGAACAUCAGGAGGUUCUCUGAGGAGCUGGUGCAGCAGCUGGCCGUCAGAGACGAGCUGGACUUCGAGAAGGAGGUGAAGAACAGUUUCAUCUCGGCGCUCAUCGAUGUGCAGAACCGGCAGAAGGAGCACAGGGAGUCGCUGAGGAAGAAGAAAAAGCUGAAAGGCGGAGCCGGAGCAGCUCAGGGUCUGCCGGAGAGAACACCUGGAUCACGCUUCAGCAUGGACGGCCUCUCCUCUGUUAUUCAAAACAGCUUCCGGCAAACAUUUGGCAGUGGCUGCAGCGAAAGACAGUAUUUGACCACAGUCAUUCCCUAUGAGAAAAAAGGACUACCUCCGUCGAUUGAAGACCUCCAGAUCCUGACCAAGAUUCUGCAAGCUAUGAGCGAUGACAGCGACAAGGUGCCUGGUCUCUUGACGGACUACAUCCUCAAUGCUCUGGUCUGAGCUUUGGACAGCGAGGUUUGUGGCACAUUCCUGUGUGACAUUGUUGUUGUUCCAUAGAUCACAAUGCGAUAGCGCCCCCUGUCCACCAAAGGGUGUAGUUCAGUCUGACCUCAAAGAUGUCCCUCUGUUCCUUCCUGCUCUUUACAUUUGAGUCUCAUAGUCAGUCUUUAUCUCACCCAACAAGCAUCUUGAAGAAACUUAGUAAAGAGCAGAAAUAUAGAUUUUCCUUUUUCUGAUUUUUUAUUGCUUUUAAUAUUCAUAUUCUUCUUUCUUUCAGUGUUUUGUCCGACGUAGAUGGAUCCUGAUGAUCUGCAGACAGUUAAAGUUAGAAAGAAGAGGAGCUGUGAAGCACACUUAAUUUAUUCCUGAAUGUUUUUACCUCCAUGUGUGAAUUUAUUGGUCCAUCUUUGAUUUAUAUGUUUAAGUUUAUGAUUGUGAUUUCCAAAUAGAGUGUGUUCUUGGAGACUAUUUGACAUAUACAAGGUUUUUCUAAAGGUGUUUCUUUGUUUUUAAGGAAUUCAAUCAGAUAUUAGAUAAAUUUAUUCAGGGUAAAGCUGUGAAGCAAAGGGCUUAGUAUUUAUGAAGCAUCAACUGAUCAUCUGAGCCAAGAAACAAGGACACUUUUCUAAAGAGCAAAACAUUUUGUAAGCAUGAACAAAAAGGCGAGACGAGAUCAGCAUCCCAGCAUUAUAAGUUGAAAGAUCAGAGAGGUGGAAAAAACAGCCAAGAGAUAUUUAUAAGAUUAUAUAACAAAUCUGAAACCAGUCUGCAUCAUCGUGUGUCAACAAUCUCCUCAUUUUAUCAGGACUCUACCUCCAACACCAUCUAUAUUUAUAUAAUAUGCUGAGCUGAUCCAGGCUUUACUGGCAACCAGAAACAAUCUAUGCAUUUGAGUAAAAACUUAAUCUGACCCACAGAGUGUCUGCGUUUCGGAGACGCUGCCUGGAUCUCUGAAUCAGAGCGCACAGGAGGCGUUGCACCUGGACUCUUACUGUGUUCCUACCAGCUGCCUUUGCCUGAACUUUUCUACAUUAUGGAGAGCUUAUUUUCACUGAUGAGUGUCAUGUUGAAACUCUACUUACAGAAGCCACGUUGCUAUGCUAUUUAUCUAUUUGUGUAAAUAUUGUAUCUGAAUAAUAGAACUCUUGAUAUGUUUGCUUAAUUUUACUACUGAGAAUUAAAUAAUAAAGAACAUGAUGAGGAAACA